GUUGACCCGAGAUACUAGGUCAGUGUCUUCUAUAGACUGUCGAUGAUGAUGUCUGACGCGAUAACCGCCGAGGGAUCUGCUAUGUCCAGAGCUCGGAAUCGCCAGCGAAUAUCUACCCGAUUUGGCAUGAGAUGUGCGGCGGAUUAUUUUCGCUAUCCCAACUCCAGACAACAACGCUCCGUCCUCGUCAGUCACACGUCGACAACAUUUCUACAAUACCUGUGACUUCUUCGCCAUUGCGUGUGGCGGACACUUGCGCGACAAACCUCGACUGUCCGAUCCGCAGUUAUUGCGAACAGCCCGUGAUCGACGAUUGAAAUCAUGGUCGCAAAUACGCGGGACUGCCCCCCUGCACUGGCGCACUAUCUACGCUUUGUCGCAACGACCGUGGGCCGUGACAAGCUUCUACGUACGGCGCAGUACUUCUCACAGUUCUACAUUUGGUACCUAUACCGCAGAAAUUACCGACAGUCGGUGAUCGACCCUUACAGUGCCGUCCGGAAGCAACUUGGUACCACGCGCAAGAUCCUACGUCUCGGCAACUUCUUAGGAAAUCUCCAGUCCCUUGCCCGUGUCAUGAGCAAGACGAACUCUAAUGAACAACCGGUGCUAAAAUACUUGGCUAUUGGGGGUCAACUCGGCUUUGGGGGAUACCUGUUCUUCGACAACAUCACUGCAAUCAAGGCUAUCGGUAUCCACAAGUUGCCGUCGGCGGAGCGCCUAGAUGUUUUAGCGGAUAAAUUCUGGGCUGCCGGUUUGAUUUGCAACAUCAUGACGUGUAUCUACAGCUUGUUGCACUCGCAGCCAGGGAAGAGAACGAAACGCGAAGACGGCGAACGAGAUUUGGAUGAUAAGACACGUGCCAAGAAGCGAUCGGCUGUCUGGAUUCAGCUCAUCUCGGACCUGUGCGACUUGACCGUCCCGGGAAAAACUUUGGGUUGUCCUGCGCUCGACGACGGCGUUGUUGGCAUGGCCGGUACCAUGAGUAGUUUGAUAGGGGUCUGGAGCCAAUGGAAGGAGACUGCGUAGAUGAGAGCCCAUUCUUAUUACACACCGUUUUUUUAACUGUACAUUUACCCUAUAUCAUGAGACAGCCGGUAUCGAAUGAGGACGGCCUAGAACUUCA